AUGGAAGAGAAAGAGGAGCAAGAGUCGCUGAAUCAAAUCAAGCUCAAACCGCGCAUUUCGCUCUUCAAUGGCUGCACAAUCAUCAUCGGUGUCAUCAUCGGCUCUGGAAUCUUCGUCUCCCCGAAAGGAGUUCUUCUGGAAGCCGGCAGCAGUGGGAUGGCGCUUCUCAUCUGGCUGCUCAGUGGAGCUUUUGCUAUGAUUGGAGCCAUCUGCUACUCCGAGCUCGGAACCCUAAUCCCUAAAUCUGGCGGAGAUUACGCAUAUAUUUAUGAGGUAAUCAUUAGCCUAAUGUACACAUUUCUACUAGAUAAUUCCAGGCUUUUGGUCCGCUCCCGUCGUUCCUCUUCCUAUGGGUCGCCCUCGUCAUCAUCAAUCCGACGUCUCUGGCCAUCAUCGGAAUCACGUGUGCCACGUACGCUCUGCAGCCGUUCUAUUCGUGUCCCGUGCCUGAUGUCGUCGUCAAUCUCUUCGCCGGAUGCAUCAUCGCCGUGCUCACUUUCAUCAAUUGCUGGGAUGUUCGAAUGGCGACAAGAACCAACGACUUCUUCACAAUCACCAAACUCGUCGCCCUUGUUUUGAUCGUGACCUGCGGAGCAUACUGGGUCUCUUUGGGACAUGUCGAGAAUCUCCAGAUGCCCGACGUCGCCGAGGGCACUCAGACAAAAGUGUCGGCGAUCGCGAUGGCUUUCUAUUCGGGAGUCUUCUCGUUCUCCGGAUUCUCCUACCUUAAUUUUGUCACCGAAGAGCUCAAGAAUCCGUUCAGAAACCUUCCGAGAGCCAUUUACAUCUCGAUUCCAGUCGUUACUAUCGUCUACAUGCUCGUCAACAUCGCCUAUUUCUCCGUUCUCACUGUUGAUGAGGUGAGUCAUCCUUCUCCAAAUUAUUUCAUUUGAAAUGUUUCUUUAGAUUCUCGAUUCGGACGCAGUGGCCAUCACCUUUGCCGACAAAAUCCUCGGCUCCCUCGGCAGCAAAGUCAUAAUGCCCCUUUUCGUUUCGUUUUCCUGCGUUGGAUCGCUCAAUGGAAUCCUCAUCACAUGCUCCAGAAUGUUCUUCUCCGGCGCCAGAAACAACCAGCUGCCGGAGCUGUUCGCGAUGAUCUCCAUCAAACAGCUCACUCCGAUUCCGUCGCUCAUCUUCCUCGGGGGCACUUCGAUCAUCAUGUUGUUCAUCGGAAACGUUUUCAAACUCAUCAACUACCUCUCCUUCGCCGAGUCCCUUGUCGUCUUCGCGUCAGUCGCCGGACUCUUGAAGCUGCGGUUCACGCUUCCGAAGAACGUGCUGCGGAACCGUCCGAUCAAGAUCAGUCUGGUGUUCCCGAUCACUUUCUUCCUAAUGUGCCUCUUCCUUCUCAUUCUCCCAUUCUUCCACAGCGAUCCAUGGGAGCUCAUCUACGGAGUUUUCCUCGUCCUUUCCGGAAUCCCAAUCUACGCGCUCUUCGUGUACAAUCAAUGGCGUCCGAAUUUCAUGCAGAACAUUUGGAUCGGCUUCACUCAUCUUGUGCAGAAGCUGUUCUACUGUGUUCCAGAACUCUCCGGAUCUUCCUAA